UUAAAUGCCAUUUUGAAAACGAGUAGAGUAAAAGAGUAGAGUAGAGUAAUAGAAUUGUUUGCAGACGUUUAUAAGAACAAAUAUAGGUCAAUCCAGUCUUUAUCAAAAAUAAUAAAUGAAUUCUUAUAAAGCAAAAAAAAAAAUUAAUUGGAACGUUUCAAUAGUCCAAACGGAGGUCAAGAAAAUUGACGAAGCCCUUCGAAUAUGUAACUCCAUGGAGACAGAGAUCGAAGACUGCCUAAAAAAUGUAGAGGAGAUGAAUGAAACGUACAAUGCCCCCGGGCGGUACUCCAUCGACAUGGAGCUCUUUCGCAAGGACUAUCCACGGGCACUGAGUCCCGCAGUGACCACACCUGAAGUGCAAUCGAUGCAGAGCGUGAGUUUGGAGAAGGAUACGCUCGGCGAAACAGUGAAUGAAGCCAGGACUGCCCAGGAGCUGGACGAGUCCUAUGUAGAAGUCAGGUACAAGUUCAUCAAGUUGAAGCGGGAGCUCGAGGCUACAGUGGCCCACUGCCAGAGGGUGGUGGACCAUUCGGUGCGCCAGAAGAAGGUCACGCACAUCAUGCUAUGGGGAUCUGAGAACAGCAAGACGCGUGUCUGCCACCACUAGGAGUUGGUAGUGAGGUCCUCUACAACACUUGACAACUAUUCCAUCAUAGUAUAAGGAUGUGUUCAAAAUACAAAUUGUCUCGACGCUUGGCAGCUUUUAUUAAAAAUUACAGUCACCA